GCACCUUUAGUGGUUUGCCAACCGCCAUUAAAAACAAGAAGAAGAAGAAGAACACGAAGAAGAGCACGAACGUAUUAAUACCUGCUGGUAGAAAUGGCUCCAGAGGAGCUGUUGUUCAUGGGGUUCUUCUCCAUAUACGUACCUGUGGGGGUCCUGUUCCGCUACCUCAGUCCUCAAGCGAAGAAGGGGGCAGCGUUGAGUUUGGGUCUCCUCAUGACCAUCGGCACAUGCGGGAUACACACUUUACACUCGCUGUGCACCGUUCUGGGAACGUGGCUGCUCAUCCGAGUCAACUGGAGGAAAGCUCCGCCCCUUUCUCUCGGAUGGACAUUCCUUUAUCUUUUCUUCUUCCGUACAGGCACGUGGAUCGGACUUCCGCCUCCGGAACUGUUCCCUAACAUCAUCCAGCUUCUCCUCACCCUGAAGAUGGUCAGUUUGGCGUACGAGGUUCGGAGCUAUCACUUUGAGAAGGAAAAGGAAGUGAGCUCGUUCUCCAAGUCACCCGUGAUUGGCCGGCUCUCUCAUGAGCCCUCCCUCUAUGACAUCAUCUCCUACAGCUACUGCUACGUUGGGCUCAUGAUUGGGACUUUCUUCCGUUAUCAGACGUAUGUGGACUGGCUUGAACAGACCGAUCCCCUUUCACUGCCGUGUAAAGUGCCAUGCCUGAGCAAAUUGAAGAUGGUUCCUGUUUAUGCCGCUCUCGCCCUGGGUGUUGAUUUCCUGUUCCCAGUUUCCUACGUUCGCACCGACGACUUCCUGGACCACAAUUUCUUCUUCAGGUUUUUCUACAUGGUGGCGGUGUGCUUCGCGUUCCGCAUGAAGUUCUACUUCGCGUGGCAUGGAGCCGAGGCCGGCUGCAUCACCGCGGGACUCGGGUGCUACCCAAAGGGGGCAGAGUCAAAACCAGGAUGCGGACCUACAGUGCAGUACAGCCCCGAGCCCGGUGCUCUGGUCGAGUAUGACUUCAGAACCAUCCAGAACAUUGACUGCUACAACACAGACUUCUGUGUGAAAGUGCGACAAGCUAUGCGCCACUGGAACAUGACGGUGCAGUGGUGGCUUCAUCAGUACAUCUACAGCAACGCACCUUUCAGAGCCUACACCCUGAGAGCGGGAUGGACGAUGUUGGUGAGCGCGUUCUGGCAUGGUCUGGAUGCAGGUUAUUACCUGUCCUUCCUCACCAUCCCGGUAUGUAUCGCUGCGGAGUUGUCGAUGGAGUCGUGUGUGCGCGCGCGUCUCGGCGCUGAGGGACAGAAAAUGUUUGACUGGGUGCACUGGUUCCUGAAGAUGCGCACGUACGACUACAUAUGCAUGAGCUACGUCCUGCUGAAUGCCAGCGACACGCUGCAUUACUGGAGCUCUAUUUACUUCCUGAUCCAUGUCGUGGCCUUCAUCUGUAUCGCCGCCGGACGACUGAUAGGGGGAGGGAAGAAGGAGAGGAUGAGAGAGGAGCGCGAGAAGUGACACUCCGAACUGCCGAACGCAUUCCACAGUGCAUUAUGGGAUGUUAGGCGUGCUGGGUGUUUCAGGUUAUAAUCGCAGGGUGUCUGUGGGUCAUUAAUAUGUCUUACAUUCCUUAAUGUAAAAAUAAAGCCUUAAUUAGUAUUAAAAUGUCUUACAUUCAAGUUUCAAAUGUCUUAAAUAUUCAACCGGACCGACAUCGUAAAGAAGAUAUACAUGUUAUUUUUGCUCGUUGCUGUAUGAGACGGUGAACCCGUCUGACUGUGUUGCACUCAGAAACAUUUUUGUGGGCAGAGGUUUACAGCAUUUCACCUCAUGGGUAAUGAGAAGUGAAUUUUAAAAAACUGAGGACUUCCUGCAGUUUUCCGGCAAAAUGAAAGCCACAAGGUCUAACAUGUUUCUGACUUCCUUCACUUUUAUAUUACUAUUGUUAUAGUACUAUUACUAAUUGUACCCCGAAAUAAAAUUUUUAUUGUUGUUGUUA